GGCGGAGUCAUGGAGUAAAGAGUAGGAUGGCCAUCUGGUUGGGCUCAUCAUCAACACACACAAACACACACACACACACACCAAUGGACACACACACACUGAGCUCUGGCACACACAUCUCCCAGGUUUUCAACGUCUCAGUGUUGAUAUGGACCGGAGCUGUGCUGACAAACCCUGCGAGUGAGGACUGUGAGCUAGUGUCCUGGAUUUAGACCUGAGGAAACAGGCAGACUCAGAGUGAGAGAGACUGGGAGAGACGGAGAGAGAGAGACAGAGCCAGAGAGAGAGGGAGGAAGAUACUGAAGGCAUGGAUUCAAGGGGCUGAAGCAGCAUCUAGGACUGGAUUUUAGUGGCUGAAAAUAAGCUUUUUGUGGAGCAGCUUGCGUUUGGGAGUCUUCUCCUGCACUGAGUGAAAGGAGCGUCUGAUGAACUCAGAGAGCUCAGCGCUGGCGGCAGGGGUGACCUACCAGGGCGGAGCCCGUCAGCGAGAACUGAUGAUGGAGCAGAAAGUCAGCAAGCUGACCUUCGGCUUCCAGCGCAGCUCCACCUCUGACGACGACUCCGGCUGCGCCCUGGAGGAGUACGCCUGGGUGCCGCCCGGACUCAGGCCUGAACAGGUGCAGCUAUACUUCUCCUGUCUGCCUGAGGACAAGGUUCCCUACGUCAACAGUCCAGGAGAGAAGUUGAGAAUUAAACAGCUUCUCUACCAGCUUCCCCCACACGAUAAUGAGGUGCGGUACUGUCACUCCCUCAGCGAGGAGGAGAAGAAGGAGCUGCUCAUGUUCAGCGGUCAGAGGAAGAAGGAGGCGCUGGGGAGAGGAACCCUCAAGCUGCUUCCUCGCAGCCUUCAGCACAGCGUCUGCGAGCAUUGCGGCGAGACCGUCAACGGCGGAGAGAUGGCGGUGUUUGCGUCGAGGGCGGGGCCCGGUGCGGCACCGUGCUGGCACCCGGCCUGCUUCUCCUGCUCCACGUGCAGCGAGCUGCUGGUGGACCUCAUCUACUUCUACCAGGACGGCAAGGUCCACUGCGGAAGGCACCACGCUGAGCUGCUCAAGCCCCGCUGCUCUGCCUGCGAUGAGAUCAUCUUCGCCGACGAGUGCACCGAGGCGGAGGGUCGCCACUGGCACAUGAAGCACUUUGCGUGCUUCGAAUGCGAGACGAUCCUCGGCGGCCAGCGGUACAUCAUGAAGGACGGCGGGCCGUACUGCUGCGGGUGCUUCGAGUCGCUCUACGCCGAGUACUGCGAGGCGUGCGGAGAGCACAUCGGUGUGGAUCACGCUCAAAUGACAUACGACGGGCUCCACUGGCACGCCACCGAGUCCUGCUUCAGCUGCGCCCAGUGCAAGAGCUCCCUCCUGGGCUGCCCCUUCCUGCCGCGCCAGGGCCAGAUCUACUGCUCCAAGGCCUGCAGCCUGGGCGAGGACGUGCACGCCUCUGACUCCUCCGACUCCGCCUUCCAGUCAGCCCGCUCCCGGGAGUCCCGCCGCAGCGUGCGCAUGGGCAAGAGCAGCCGCUCGGCCGACCAGUGCCGCCAGUCGCUGCUCUUCUCCCCCUCCGUCAACUACAAGUUCCCGGGCCUGAGCGGCAACGCCGACGACACCCUGACCAAGCUGGCCCACAUGAGCCUCUCGGACGAGCCCUUCUGGAGGGGCCCCGGCGAGGAGGCUGAGGGCCCCGAGGACCGGGAGGAGGAGUGGGCGGAGCACGAGGACUACAUGACCCAGCUGCUGCUCAAGUUCGGCGAGCAGGGGGUCUUCCAGCAGGCGGACCCCGAGGCCCGGCCAAACGCCGACGUGUGGAUAAGCGAGGCCGACGUCAAGACCAAGCAGGGGUCCUCUCAGGCGGGGGGAAGCGGCAGUGGUGGAGGUGGUGGUGGUGGCGGUGGUGGAGGAAGGGGAAGUCAGAGUCUAGCCAGUAAGAAGUACCAGCCAGACAUGUACUGGGCCCAGUCGCAGGACGGGCUAGGGGAUUCGGCCUAUGGGAGCCAUCCGGGCCCGGCCAGUAGCCGGAAGAUCCAGGAGCUGGACCUGGAUCAUGGAGCCGGAGGAGGCUACCAGGAGGAGGAGCAGCAGUGGUAUGACGACUCCCUGGAGUGUAUCACCGAUGAGCUGAAGAAGACGGAUCAGAGUGUGAGGGACUCCAUGGACUCGUUGGCUCUCUCCAACAUCACCGGGGCCUCGGUGGAUUGCGACGGCAAGGACGGCCCCUUGGCGUACACCUUCACAGAGCUGGAGACGGAAGACUGCGACAAAUCCAGCAACAUGGGGACCAUGAACUCGUCCAUGCUGCACAGGAGCGCCGCCUCCCUGAAGAGCCUCGCGUCCGAGCAGGACGAGGCAGAGGACCACAGCCCGGCGGAGGAGGAAGAGGAGGUAGAGGUCCCGCUGGCAGAGGAACGGGCCCAGCUCCCUCAGCUGCCGGCCCUCAGGAGGGCCCGCUCCCAGAGCCGGCAGCAGCAAGUCAAGUUCUCCGACGACGUGGUGGACAACAGCCCCUACGAGCUGCAGGUCCGCCCGCCUCCCAUGAGCGAACGGACCCGGCGCAGGGUGUACAACUUUGACGGGCAGGAGCAGGACUCCCAAUCGGGCCACCACCACCACCACAGCCACCACAGGAGACGCCGCAGCCGGAAGUCCCGCUCCGACAACGCGCUGAACCUGGUGCCCAAGGAGAGGGCCCUGGUGUACUACAGAGAGGACCACAAAGGCCGUGCCACCCCCGCACAGAGGGGCAGCCAGGACCUGUACGGCCUGCCCCCCAAUGGACGCCCCAGUCCCCUGGCGAGGUCAGACUACAGCCUGGCGAAGGGCCCAGCGAUGGAGAGGUUCUUGGGGAUGUGCAACGAGGACGACGACUGGUGCUCCACCUGCUCCUCUUCCUCCUCUGAUUCCGAGGAAGAGGGCUUCUUCCUGGGUCAACCUAUUCCCCAGCCCCGGCCCCUAAGACAUUAUUACACCGAUGACCUGCCCAGCCCGGUGGCCAGCAUGCCCUCCCCGCCCUACGGCCCAAGGACUAAAUCCAGAAAAAAGGGACACAAGGGCAAGAACUGCAUCAUUUCAUAGACUUGUCGUUAAUGCUUCUCGUUUGAGGGAGUUCUCUGCCACUUUUCGCCAUCUAUCGUUGCCACUGAUGAAUUUGCCUAAACUGCCUCGUUACUUUUUGACUCAGUUACUGCUACGUUAAUGAACAGCACUCACAUUAUUGAUCCGUUGUAUAAAAAGCAAAAGGUGAACAUCCACGUUUCUUUCAAGCAAGUUUCCUUUCGAAGCAUUACCAAUACUAGUCAUCCGGGUCAAGGUAAUUCAGAGCCAUGCAUAUUUAUGAGGCAUAACUUAGAGGUCAGUCGAGAUUGUUAUUUAACAUUACAGAUAUGAAUGUAAAUAUUGUAGAGGUAAUAAACAAAAUGGCUAUUUUUUAUAUCCCCCCCCCCCCAUGUUUGAAGACCUGUUUUGUAGUCGAAAGGCAAAAUUAUGAAACAGCUGGCCCAUUGCUAUUUUUACAUCACGGUGUUCAAUACAUAAAUAAAUAUGGCCCAUGCUCCUAAUGUGUUGCUUCUGUAAAGGCUUGUGUAUCUUUCCCCCCAGAAAAACUUUGUAUGUAAUAUUAGAGCCUGGCUGUGGGGUCUAUUUAAGGGCCAUUUGUAUUGUAAACAAAUCAAUGUAAUCUGUACAAAUGUACAAACUGGAAUAUAAGGCGAAGAUUAAUAAUUGUAAUAAAACUAUAUAUAUCAUGACUUCAA